GGAUGAAAGGAAAUCCACAGCAUGAGCGAAGCUUACAACCGCCUCGGUGACGGAGGAGGAGCAGCAGGGACGAGACAGCAGCGUGGAACAGAUAGCGGUCCACCGCGGCGAGCAGCACCACGACCUGAUGUCUUUAUCAUAUCUCUCCCUCGCCCUUCGUCUCGUUCUCAUCUGAUCCAGAUUGGGCGAGCCGGCGGGAGAGACGCGGAAAGUUAGUUGAGGGGCGGCGCCGAGAGCUUUCCAGAGGGGGGCCGGCUCCCUGGAGCGUAUCCCGGGAGGACAUCUGUGACAGGGGUGACAGAAGACUGGCUGGUGGUGGCGGGAGGGAGAGGUGUGUGUGAGGGCUCCUCGCAAGGUCCUCAGACACUUGUGUGUUGCCACCUUGCAGCGUGCUUGAGGGAGUGUGUGUCUGUGUGUGUGUGUGUGUGUGUGUGUGUGCUUGUGUGUUUGUGGAUGCGUGUGAGCGCGAGUGUGAGGAGUGAGGUGAGGCGGUCACCUGUUCAUUACACGCCAUGCCACAGAUGAGGACCUGGGAGUCCUGCUGAAGAGACAACCAUGGCUAAGGCUAAAGGACAUGGAGACGGCAUGGUGUCGUCCAACGAGAACCGCCCCCGGCCGCUGUCGUCGGGCGGGGUGGAGGGUCUGUCCUGGCCUGGCCCACGGACCCUGCUGCUCCAGAAGAACUCCCUGGGCUUCGGAUUCACGCUGCGCCACUUCAUCGUCUACCCCCCAGAGUCCUCCCUGCAGAGCCCCCUCAAGGAUGACGAGAAUGGAAACGAAAAUGACAAAGGCGGCCAGCGUUCUCGCUUGGAGCCCAUGGACACCAUCUUUGUGAAGAGUGUGAAGGAUAAAGGCCCCGCCCAACUAGCUGGUCUGUGUACUGGGGACAGGUUAGUGAAGGUAAAUGGGGAGACUGUCCUGGGGAAAACCUACUCUCAGGUGAUAUCUUUAAUCCAAAACAGUCAGAACAUUCUAGAACUGUCCAUAAUGCCAAAAGACGAGGAUGUGUUGCAGUUGGUAAGUGCAUUCUCCCAGGACGCCUACCUGACCGGCAACGAGCCCUACAGUGGAGAGGCUCAGGACCUCCCCAAGCCUCCCUCCCUGAGCUACUCCGGCUCCAAGCCCAGCUGCACCCCCCUGCAGGGCGGCCACGACCCCCACCACAGCUCCCUGGACAACCGCCACCCCCACGCCGCCGCCGCCGCCGCUGCCGUGUCCCCCCUGGACAACCGCACGCCCGGCGCCGCCGCCCCGCCCACGCACGCCUCCGGCUGGCCCGGGGCGUGCCCGGACCCGGGCGCGGGACACUUAGCGGCGUCGGGGCGGGAGUGGCACGGGCGAUCGUCGUCGAUCGUCACCGCGCUCGACUUCCACUUCGCCAACCACAACGCCGCCAUCGCCUCGGCGACCCUGCCCCCGCCCCGCAAGGGCAGCCUCCCGGGCACGUCGCGCUCCCACUCGGACGCGCUGUGCCACCAGGCGCUGUCGGACUGGUACUACAGCCAGGCCGAGGCGGCCGAGCUCAUGUCCCCCCCGCGCCACUGCAGCGUCUCCCAGGACCGCCUGGCCGACCUGGGGCUGAGCCCGGCCCUAGGCCCCGCCUCCAAGCCGGAGUCCUCGGCCAAUCACCGCAGGCGCGAGACCCUCCUCUACCAUCAGCAGACCACGACUUGCUCCCCGGACCCCGGGUGGCGAGGCGGGGGUCCGUGGGGUCCGGGGAACAAGUCCUGCUCCGAGAGCCUGCUGGCGGCCUACGCAGAGUACGAGCACACCUACGGGCGCUCCAGGGAGACCCUCGCCCAGGCGACGGCUCUCAUCGCUCCGCACGCCCACCAACCGCACCCGCCCGGCUGCGACUCCCAGGGCUCACACUCAGCCAAGGGCCGGGAGCCAAAGCAGGAGCAGAGACCGUCGGACCACCAGGUCGCAGUGACUUACCCUGUAACCGCGGCGACCGCCACAGCGCCCCCUAGGGGCCGGCAGGUCGCCGAACCCCAGACCCGGACGCUGCAGCAGGAGGAGGUGGUGGGCUACAAGAGCUACAGCCCCUCUUUCUGCCGCAAAGCGGACCACCUCCUGCAGCAGGCCCACUCGUUCCGGGAGUCCAACUACAGCAGCCCCUACCUCGCCUGGAGCCCCUCGGAGAGCGAGGGGGGCGCGGCGCCCCGGCCGCGCUCCACCCCAGCCAUGCCCUCCGAGGAGGAGGAGGAGGGGGAGCCGGAGGGGGAGGCGGAGAGGCAGGCCACGCCUCCCUCGCCCCUGAGCCAAGAGGUGGUCCUGAGACAGAAGCCCCCCUCGGGGCGGCGCACGCUGGCGCUCCGACACACCAGCUACGCCCCGACCUUGGAGCACACGGAGCCCCCCGGGACGCUGCCCUCGGCUGGGUGGAGGGGGGGCAGCCUCCCUCGACGGGUCAACGGCAGCCUGGCCCAGCACACGCUGGACUCCCUGUCCUCCAUACCCUUCAUAGAUGAACCCACCAGUCCCAGUGUGGACCUGCAGGCCCGCCCCGUCCAGGCCUGCCUGGUGGUGUCUGUCCCCGACCCCCCAGCCUCCACUGUCCUCACCCCCAACACCGUCACCCCCACCCUGUCCCACUCUACCACCGCCCCCUGUGUCCGUCUCCGACCUAAGGAUUGCAGCAUGAAGGGACGCCGGUCGUCCUACCUGCUGGCUAUCACCACAGAGCGCUCCAAGUCAUGUGACGAAGGUCUGAACACCUUCAGGGAAGAGGGACGCGUCUUCUCGAGAUUACCAAAAAGAGUCAAGAGCUUCUUCACCGAUGGCUCUCUGGAGACACUCAGAGCCCAAGAAGAGGCGAGGUCCAAACGCCACUCCACCUCUGAGCUGGGAACCAUCACCUUUAGCAACGUCCGCAAAGAGGGCUGGCUGCACUCCAAACAGAUCCUCACAGAGAAGGGGAAGAAGCUCGGCGGCAGCAUGCGACCGUGGAAGCGCGUGUUCUCCGUGCUGCGCUCCCAUUCGCUGUUCCUCUACAAGGACAAGCGGGAGGCGGUGCUCCACGGCGCGGGGGCCCCCGGCCAGGACCACCAGCCGCCCAUCUGCAUCCGGGGCUGCCUGGUGGACAUCGCCUACAGCGAGACCAAGAGGAAGCACACGCUGCGCCUCACCACGCAGGACUUCUGUGAGUACCUGCUGCAGGCCGAGGACCGCGAGGACAUGCUGGCCUGGAUCCGCGUCAUCCGGGAGAACAGCAAGACCGACUCCGAGGAGCUCGGUUUUUCAAGGCAAGCACUCAUCAACAAGAGGUUGAACGACUACAAGAAACAGAGUCCCACGGUCAACAAGCCAGACCACUCCCCCAGGGCCCACCGCAUGAUGCCCCCCUUCCUGCUGGCCAAGACGGACAACAACUCCGUGACCCGCUCCUCCAAGACCGGUGGGUCACACAGUAACUACGAUGACCUCAAGGCCGUGUGGGGCAUCCACAUCAUGAAGAAGAGCAAAAAGACGGGCACUCCCAAAGCCUUUGGCAUCAGACUGGAGGACUGUCAGCCUGCACUGAACAGCAAGUUUGUUCCCCUGAUCGUGGAGAUGUGCUGCGGGGUGGUGGAGGCCUCAGGGCUGGACUACACCGGUAUCUACCGGGUACCGGGGAACAACGCCAUGGUGUCCAACCUCCAGGAGCACCUGAACAAGGGCCUGGACAUUAACACGGCUGAGGAGAGAUGGCAAGAUUUGAACGUAAUCAGUAGCCUUCUCAAGUCCUUCUUCCGGAAACUACCGGAACCUGUUUUUACAGAUGAUAAGUAUAACGACUUCAUCGAUGCAAACCGGAUUGAGGAUGCCGGGGACAGGCUAAAAACCAUGAAGAAACUUAUCCAGGAACUCCCAGAUUACUACCACCACACUCUCAGAUACCUGGUGGGCCAUCUCAAGAAGGUGGCUGAUAACGCAGAUAAGAACAAGAUGGAACCCAGGAACCUGGCUCUGGUGUUUGGUCCCACGCUGGUCCGGACGUCGGAGGACAACAUGACGGACAUGGUCACGCACAUGCCCGACCGCUACAAGAUCGUGGAGACGCUUAUCCUGCACCAUGACUGGUUCUUUGAUGAUGGAUCGCUGGAUGAGGAGGACGAGGCCCCGGAGGAUAAGCCUGACAGUCAGCCCGCGCCGAACAUCGACCACCUGCUGUCCAACAUCGGCAGGAGCGGCAUGCCUGGAGAGGCCUCAGAUUCCACCACCAGCGAUUCAGUUAAGUCCAAGCCGUCGUCGGGUCCCAAGAAGGACAUGAGCACCAGGGAGUUCCUCUCCAUGUCCAUCAUGUCCGCGGUGACCAGGAAGCGUAAGAAGAGCCCCAGCCUACACCCGGCGGGGGUUGGCAGCAGCAGCACGGACGACGACUCUGAGCACGAACCGGUCAAAACCAGCAACUACGGCGGCUCGGAGCAGAGAGAGCAUGGAGACGGGGACGAGGCCGCACAGGAGACGCCCACGAGGUGCGACCCUUCGAGGCGAGAGGAAGGAGGGGAAGCUGCCGAGAACUGCGUCCGCUGCGACGGAGAGAAGGCGGAAAAAGGGACGCAGAAGGAGGAGGUGAAGAGGCGAGGCGAAAGGCCCGUGCAGCCCCGCCCCAGCAGUUUCCUUUACUCUCAUUAUUAUCAGUGUCCGACAAGGCUUCAUGCGAGCUGCCAGAGACCCCUGUACGGAACCAGUCCUUUCCAGCACCCCAGGCCCCGAUACCUGGCCAAGCCACUGCCCGUGAUCCCCUCCUGGCUGCCUCCCGGAAGGCGGUGCCAGAACCCCGGCCUGCAGACCAGACAGGAGCCCGAGUGUAACCAGCCGGUGUCCGUCCGAUACCGCACGGCGAGAGGAGGGCGAGAGAGAGCAGUGUCUAUGAACCUGGACCUCGAGAUGCAUCAGGCGGAAGAUUGGAGAGGAGAACGGGUGGAGGUUAUCAGAGUCAUCGAGGGAGUGCCAAGGGUUUUCGGUGCACCGCAGGGCUCCAUUCUCAGUCCUGAGGCGAUUCAGCAGAGACCACAGAGGAUAGACAGACUUCGUUCUACAGCAGCGGAGGCCCCGACCCUCUCUCCUCCUUCCUUGGGAUUCAUGGAUCAAGAUGCCGUGGUUGUCCUCAGGAAGUCGGCCAUGGACUCCAGGGACAAAAGAAGAGCAUUCCGUCGCCACACAGUAGUGGUUUGACUCAUCUGGUCUUGGGUACAAAAUCUCUUCAACCACGAUUUGCAAAGAAACUGGAUCUCCGACGUUGCAAGGUGUAAAGCCUGAUGCCUCACUUUAGGACUUUGUAAUAUCAAGUUCAAGUCCUUAAUUUCAACGUGUGGAUGUUAUUUGUAUUAAGGUUCCUCUUGUAUGCUUCGUUGAUAUUAAGAUGUGAGCGUCGUAACGCGACGCUUGGAGCUACUGCGGUUUUAAAACUGCAUGACUGAUCAAAUAAUUGCCAUGAGGGUUCACUUUCCUACUGAACGUUUUUGAAACUGUUUAGAUAAAAGCUUUUUACAUUGAAGCAGUGAAAUUCAGAUUUUUUUUAAUACUGUUUUGGAAUUAACCUCUCCAUAUUUAGCGAUAUAAACAAUUGGCAAUUGAUUACAAAUAACAUGAGGAAGCCUUAUGAAACAUUUGAGAUCCACAUUCAUCAAAAUGAUGCAGACGUCACGUCACCCUGUUGUGACCCCAGAAGAGAUGUUAGUUAUUCAUUGUUGUACAGAUGCAGGGCCUAAAAUAGUUUCAGCAGCACUGAAACUAUAAUAAGCCCAGUUGUCAACUCAGCAAUCAGUCCUUUUUUAUAUAUUCUGUUUGAUCCUAACACAAUAUUUGUCCCUUUUGCUUCUGUCAUGUCGAGGUAUGAGAUUGGUCUGACUCACUAGCAAGAGAGGGGGCAUAACAUCCAUCAUAUCACAUGAUCAACCCCACCUAAACCCAACCCACAUUCCACAUUUUUGUGCGCUCAUCCAGAGAUUUACAGUAGAAACAGAUGUCACAUGAAUCAUCAAGCUACUAACUGUAUAUCUUACCUCUAUAUCUAUAUAUAGAUAUUGAUAUAUCUAUACACACACACCACACAUAUGCCAAGAGACACUCCAACUUAACAGUGUCAGAAUUAAUCAGAUCAUAUGAGGAUAACAAACCAACAGAACAGACAUUUUAAAACCAUGAAUACCUUUGUCUUACUUUAUUACUUUGUCCCUAUUGGAAUUAUUGCUUGUUUCUUAAGUUCCUACCCUAUUGAACCUAUUGUUUAUCCGUAUGACCUGGUGGUGCAACCACCGGUAGACCAUGUCUUCCUAAAGCCGACUCCUAGUCAUGUUUAUCAUAUCUGAAACAUGUGUAUACUUGUGCCCUGGUGCAUGUACUCUAUGUACUUGGAUGACUGUGCGUGGACCAAUUUUGUAACCGUUGUACAAAGCCUUGUUAAGUUAACCUGUGUACAUUAUACAUAAUAUAUUAAAUUAUUUGUUUUUGAAA